GAGCUGAAGGAGAAGUAAUAGGAAUCCUUGAGUUUUGGGUGUGUUUACACCCUCAGGUGGAACUCACAGAACUUCAAAUGGAAAGAGCCACAAGCAGAACAGCUGUUAGACAGACCAGAGGUUUGGAAUGGGCUCAUGGGGAAACAGAGGAGAUGUAUGAUUACGGCGUAGGGAUACCCAAUGAGCUUGAGGUGGUACUGGAGCGCUGUGUGGGCCUCAGUACUCGCUGGCCAGGAAUACUCCCUGAUGCAUACUUAACGUAUCGCCUUUAUGACCUACCACCUCAUUCUACACCCAUAAUUCAGUGCUGUGUGGAUCCUGUCUUUGAGGACUCAGCGAGCUAUCCAUUAGCUGUUACCACAGAUGUAUUAGAAUACCUGAAUGUGGGCAGUCUGUGGGUUUAUGUGUUUGAUGACAGCGAAAGUCAGACUCCUCCCACUUAUUUGGCAAAGACACCAAUUCCACUACGAGCCCUUGCAGUAGGCAGACCAAUCAGAGGUGAUUAUGUGCUUAGAGACCCUGCUGGCAGUCCAAGAGGAAUGGUAAGGGUCACUCUCAGGUGGAAAUACCCCUUCCAGUCACCUGAGACACCAUCAAGGCAAAGAGAAGGAACAAAGAAAGAGAGGAUGGUGCCGAGCACUGAGGUGUCACAGAGACCAAUUGCAAAGCCCAGGUCCCAGCUUCGGCUUCCACCAGACCAUGGAGCCAAGACCAAUGACAUUCACCAAUCCACACCCAUUAGAAACCUUAAAAGAGGUUCAAUCUUACCCCUUCAGUCUCCAACCAUUCAGGUGUCUGAACCCUCUUCGAAUCAUCAGAAAUCCUCUAUCAGUGCAGGCCAACCAUCAAGGUCAGUUAGAAGGAAGCAACAACGCACUGCAGCAUUACCUGUUCAGGAAAAAGUGAAACCUACAACACCCACCAUGUCUAUUAAGUCAACUGAGUCCAAACAAUUUAUGGACUUCAGACCAUCUUCCUCAGAGCGGAGCACCCCUCGCAGCCAAAGGAGCUUUCGAAGCAACUCAGAACAGGAAGAUGAAGAACAAGAGGAUGAAACAGAACAUAGAACUCAAAGUGAUGUAGACGCCCUUCAGUCUGAUGAAUCAAGAGAUUCAAAUGGAAGUGAUGUCAUCAUAAUCCCUCACCCUCCAAAGCCACGUAAAAAGGGAGACAGACUCAGAGUGGAAAUCCUGUCACUCUCUUUUAACCCUUCUUCCAGUGUUGCACUUGACCAUUCAGUGCACCAGGUGUAUGUAGAAUAUCGUCUUCUAGGUAUUCCAAUGGAGACAACAGAAACGCCCAUGUCUCUGCGUAAACCAACAGAUGGAGAGGAAAUACAUUAUAACUUUACACGAGUUAUUCAUGUGAAUUCAUUGGAAGCAGCUCCUCUGAGACAUUACCUCUACACCAUGCUGGAAGGCACAGACCCCAACCAGGGCAGGUUAAAGUUCACAGUAGUCAGUGAGCCCAUGAAUGAGCAAGAAGAAUGUGAAGAUGUCGGCUAUGCCUUCUUGGAUUUACGAGAACUUCUUCUGACUGGAAAUGAUGUUAUUGAAGAACAGAUUGAUGUUGUCAGCGCAGAUGAAGAGCAGGAUGUGGUUGGAAAGCUGAAAGUAUCUGUAGAGGCCGCACAGGCUCUGACUGGAAUCUAUCAGGAAUAUCAUCAGAUUGUGAAGAGGGAUAGAAGAGAAACCAAAAACAGCACAGAGGAAGAGGAGGAGGCAGGAGUGAUACAGAAAAACAAUGAGUUGCAUGUGCUUGAUUUUGAAGUUGAUGAAGACAGCGAUUUUUACUGAAACUCUACAGUCUGAAGAUAUGCUCAAACCAAGCCAUGGUCUUAUAAGGAACAUCACUGGAUUUUUUUUUUUUUUUUUACCCUACAGCAAAAAUGUUGCUCUUGUGACAUUCUGACCUCAGUCUCAACUUAUCAAAUCCUUUGAUAUUGUCAUGUUUCAAUGAUUCUAAAUGUGGAAGUGGUUUUAGCCACAAAAUGAUUUUAUAUUAUAUUAUGGUGCAGUUGGGCAAGAUAAAAAUCUCUAGAGAUGAAGAUGUGGCUUGGAAAAAAAAAGGAAGUGAAAUAACUUCCUUUUGACUCA